GAGAGUAGCUGAUGUUGAAGGUGGAAGUGUUUUCAGUUCACGUUCUGUAAUUUUGAAAGGAAGUACUUUGUGCAAUGUAUUUAUUAAUUAACUUAUUUUAAAAUUAAACAAAUAAAGGAACGUCAUGCAGGAUAUUUAAUUCUAGAAUACUGGCCACUAAAUAAUAUCAGGUACCUUAACAUGGGGAAUCUUCUUAAAGUUUUGACUUGCACAGACCUUGAGCAGGGGCCAAAUUUUUUCCUUGAUUUUGAAAAUGCACAGCCCACUGACUCAGAGCGGGAGGUGUGGGACCAAGUGAAUGUAGUAUUAAAGGAUGCAAGGGGUAUCCUGGAUGAACUCCAGGCAUACAGAGGAGCAGGAGAAGAAAUACGAGAGGCAAUACAACACCCAAAUGAUGAAAAUUUACAAGAGAAGGCAUGGAGUGCUGUGGUUCCAUUAGUGGGAAAACUUAAGAAAUUUUAUGAAUUCUCCCAGCGGUUAGAGGCAGCAUUGCAUGGUCUCCUGGGAGCUUUGACCAGCACUCCAUACAGCCCCACUCAGCACUUGGAGCGAGAGCAGGCUCUUGCCAAGCAGUUUGCUGAAAUUCUCCACUUUACUCUCAGAUUUGAUGAGCUCAAGAUGACAAAUCCUGCCAUACAGAAUGACUUUAGCUACUACAGAAGAACAUUGAAUCGCAUGAGGAUUAACAAUGUUCCAGCAGAGGGAGAAAAUGAAGUAAAUAAUGAACUGGCAAACCGAAUGUCUUUGUUCUAUGCUGAAGCAACACCCAUGCUGAAAACCUUAAGCGAUGCUACAACGAAAUUUGUAUCAGAACACAAGAACUUACCAAUAGAAAAUACCACAGAUUGCUUAAGCACAAUGGCAAGUGUAUGCAGAGUCAUGUUGGAAACUCCGGAAUAUCGAAGCAGGUUUGCAAGUGAAGAGACGGCGUCAUUCUGCCUACGGGUCAUGGUGGGGGUCAUCAUUCUCUAUGACUAUGUGCAUCCUGUUGGGGCAUUUGCAAAGACGUCAAAAAUGGAUAUGAAAGGUUGUAUAAAAGUCCUUAGAGAUCAGCCUCCCAACAGUGUAGAAGGCCUCCUCAAUGCUCUCAGGUACACGACUAAGCAUUUGAAUGAUGAGACUACCUCCAAGCAAAUUAGGAUCAUGUUGCAGUAACCAAACCCCCUGGAAUCUGAGCUGGGUGCAGAAAUGAACGACUGAGAUAAACAGAUUUUAAAAAAUGCAACUGCUUUUUCUUCUCUUUUUUCUUUUCUUUUUUUAAGAAGAAAAAAAAAACAUGUUCUUGCUCUUAAAAUAAGAUCAGUCUUCUGUGCCAAUGUCUUGUAAAAAGAAAAUUCUAAACCAUAAAAAUGAUUUGAUGUUUCAGAAUGGUCGUAGAACAAGUGGCAGCUAAUACUGCUUACUGUUUUGGGGGGUCUGUCAAUGCAAGUGGGAGUUAAUUGACUUGAACAUUUAAAAAAAAUAAUCAUUAUUUUUGUUUAAACUAAUAUUUAAUAAUGCUUAUUCUGCAUGACAGAAUUGCCUAUUUCUGCUAUUUAAGGACUAAUACAUGUUCAUUUUUUCUAUUUCUGCUUAAUUGUGUGAACAUUUUGAGAAAGCAAAAAUUCUAUAAUGUGUUUUGUUGUACAAAAGGUACCCAGCACAAUGUGGAUAAGAAUUGAGGAUAAAAUAGUACUGUUUUUAUUUAGAGAUUUUUUUAAGUUUGAGUUUUGUACGAGUGUAUGCUGUAAGUUUAUCUUUCAUUUGAAAACUAACUUUAAAACUGUGAUGUGUGCAUAACAGGAAAAAAUGUGUUUGCAUGUACAUGUGCAACGAAUGGCUGUUGGACAAAUAAAAAAACAAAUAGCUUUUGUUUUUCUAAA